AGGCAAGGGCUGCCUAUAUAAGCAGGGCAGUUUGGCUGCUGGAGGUCAGAUAGCAACAUUGCCUGGUUGAAGGGCUGUUGAGGAUGCUCCAGAGCAUCUCUCUUUGGAAUACUUUCAAAGUUAUGACCUAGAAUUCCUGAGAGGUGAAAGGGGAAAAUGAGCUGUACCUCAUGGAGAAAGAAGAGGAGAACAAUCAAACGUUCAUCAUGGAAUUCAUCCUCCUGGGAUUUGGGAAUGUCCAUCAAUAUCGUGUACUUCUCUUCCUGCUAUUUCUAGUGAUCUACAUGGUGACAGUGUCUGGGAACGUGCUCAUCAUUGUUCUGGUUGCAGUUGAUCAGCGCCUUCGCACUCCCAUGUACUUCUUCCUGGGGAAUUUGUCCUGCUUGGAGACCUUCUACAUCUCCACCAUCCUGCCCAGGAUGCUGGCCAGCUUCCUCAGCGGGGACAAGACCAUUUCGGUUAGGGGCUGCAUUGCACAGUUCUAUAUAUUUGAUUGUCUAGCAGCUACAGAAUGCUAUCUCCUACUUGUGAUGUCUUAUGAUCGGUAUUUAGCAAUAUGCAAACCCCUGCUCUAUCCAAUGCUUAUGAAUGGCAGGGUUUGUCACUGGCUAGCAGCUGGGUCAUGGAUAGGAGGAGUUCUGCUUGCUUCGGCCAUUAUGUAUUUUACAGCACAGCUAACUUUCUGUGGCCAUAAUGUCAUUGACCACUUCUUUUGUGAUCUCACCCCAAUACUAGAGCACUCCUGCAGUGACACCAGUAUGGCUACUUUGGUGAGUUCUGUUGUCUCCUUUCUUGUGGAAAUUUCCCCAUUCCUGUUAACCAUGACCUCCUAUGUUUGCAUCAUAGUUGCCAUCUUGAGAAUCCCUUCCAGCAGUGGGAAGAAGAAGGCAUUUUCCACCUGUUCCUCUCACCUUCUUAUGGUGACAAUUUUCUAUGGCACCCUCAUAACUGUCUAUUUGUCCCCAAAUGCCAGCUCAGUUGGGGGGAAUCUGAACAAAGUGUUCUCAGUUUUCUAUACUGUCCUCACUCCCAUGGCCAAUCCUUUCAUUUACAGCCUGAGAAACAGAGAGGUGAAGGAUGCCUUGAGAAAAACCUUUAGCAAGAUAUGGCCUUCAUAAAAUGUUGAGAGUUGAAUGGAAUAAAGAUCAACCGAAUGUUCCUUCUUAAUGGUGCUGUGUUGAGGUUACCCUGUUGGAGGGCUUCUGUAUACACAAUAUAUUUGAAUAGAUGGAAUUAUUAAAGCUUAUUGCUCUGGAGAGAAAUGUUCAUUUUUGAUCCAAAAAGCAGGGAGGCGGAAAGGAAAUCUCAGAAUCAUUUUUAUCUUGGGGGUUGAGGGAAUCACUUUUCCUAAUCUUAGAUAGGAACUGAUUAAAAUCAUUUAAAAAAUGUACAGCCCCUCACUGAGUUAGAAAGAGAUAUCCAGCUUGCAUUGAAAUAUCCCCUGCUUUCCAGGGGCUACUUCCAUUUACUGUGAAAAUCAUGCCUGCCCUAUAGCUUCAGCUUCCAGCUGCUGGUCUCUUCAAACACUCCCAAUAGGAUUAAAAAUCAUAGGUUCACAGAUCUAAGGCCAGGAGAUAUUAUAAUCAGCUGCUCAGACCUCCUACCCAACACAGCCUGUAAGACUUCUCAGGCCAAAUCCACAAUCCAAAACAAAUCCCAAUCGGUUGCUUUCUAAACCAGGUGUCUAUCUAUCCUGGGGGUUUUCCUGUUCUUUGCCUUCAAAAUUCUCUAGGCAGCUAAGGCCUGAUCCUAUUCCAUCUAUUAGGUGCCUGUAGCUACCUCAGUUUGAUCCUAUUUCACCCUGAUCAAGCCCCUAAAAGUCUGCGAGUACAAAAUGUGGCUAGGUUCUCCUCCUCACUGCACUUUUGUGACUCAGUUUAAGGGUAAGAUAAAGGCACCUUCCAAAAGCAGAGCAUUAAUGUUUUUUCAGGGACUCAAACAGGGAAGUGUAGAAUUACUUUUAGGAAGGAAUUUAUAUUUCCCUUUGUGUGCCCAAAAGGCAGUUCUCCAGCCAUUUAAGCCUGCAGGUGUAGACUGAGCAUGUACCAGUAGGCUACCAACAAGGCUCAUUCAUGUGUACAUACCUGAGCAUAAGUCUAAGGAAAAAGCAGGAAGCUGAGUAGAGGAGGCAGAGAUUCCUAGCUUUUCCUAGUAUUUUCUGCUACUUUGGGAACAAGGUUUCAGGUACAAUUUGGGGCCUCCUCCCAUACAGCACACCACCUAUAUGCCUAAGCCACCUGCUUUCUAGCCAGGCCUCUUCUCCCUGGCUUCAUAGAUCUCUUUCUUUGCAGCCCAGGGACCAGAUUCAAAAGGAGCAUUGGAGAAGGGCCUGGGUAAUGACUAAUUUGGGUAGUAUGGCGGCGAGCAGGUUGCGAUGGGAAAUGAGAAAGGGAACGUUCCUGAUCAGAUGCAUCUUGGGAUCCCAGAGCACGAGCUCACAACAGCUGUACAGUGUUUACAAGCUGCCUGCAGCACUGCAUGUGAUUAAUACCCCAUCUAAACCUUUACUCACCAGAAACUGUUGUUUGCCACAAUCAAAACA